AUGGCAAUCUGGCUCCAAGGCCCCGGCUCCGGCGCCAUCGCCGACCCCGCCCUCAAAAUCCGCCCGGACAGAGGAGGCGCCAUCGUGCAGCCAUCAAGACCGGAUGCAAAGCAGGGAGCUGUUCACUUCAUUCUCCCCGCUCCACCACGCGAAAACCCGAACAUCACCUCCGUCGACGUUGACUUUGAGACCGAUUCGGCUUACGUCGACGCGGUGGCUAUCCGCUUUGCCAACAUGGAGGCAUUCCGGGAACGGUUUCCCCGCCCGAAGACUUCGUCGUUCCACAUCGAUGUUCCUAGGGGAGAGGCGGAAUAUAAUGGUAGGGGGGUUGUUGUGACUGUUUACGUUAAGUUUCAGGAGUAUAGGGCUGUGGUUGACUUUGAUCAGACAGAGUGGGGAGUGUUGUUUGCUUAUUCUUCGUUUCUGUAUUUGUUCAACUCUACUUGCUAG